UCUUGUCUAAGAUUUAGUCAAACCCGUGAGCUCAGAUUAUUCGAACGUCUUGCGGUUAACCGAAACAAUGAAGAACUGGGCUGCGAUUGGAGUCCUCCUGGUACUGGGAUGCCAGUACGGCGAAGUUGUCCGGGCGGACAGUGAUAGCAGCGAAAGCAGCAGCAGCGGGGAGAGCAAGCACAAAAACAAGUAUAAGGCUACCGAGCACAAGUACAAUUAUCCUGCAUAUCCCAUGCCCUUCGGCUAUGGGCAGCCGUAUCAGUACAACCCCUAUCCGUAUGGAUACCCACCGCCGAAUCCGCAGUAUCCACAGUACCUACCUUCCGCUAUGCACGUCUACCCACCAGUGCCCGGCUAUCAACCUCCGCCAGGCUACCCACCCAUUCCCGGCUUCAAUCCGUACACGCUAGUUCCACCACCUCCACCGCCGCAACAGGCUCCUCCAGCACCGGUGUAUCCCCAGGCUGGAACUGGACAGAACCCAGGCUAUAACCCAAAUUCGCUGCCAAAUCAGCCUCAGCAGCCGGCGCCUGGCCAAGGUACAGGUCCUUCGUCAAACUAUCCUCCAGGCGGCUCAAGCGUUAUCAAUCAUUCCCUUAAAGUCAACAAGGAAUACAACGAGGAUGGUCACCACGCAACCUCAGCAUAGAAACUUUUGAACAUUCUAUACAAUUAAGAAAAAAAUUUAAUUGUUUUAUUUACUUGUUAAGGAUCGAUAAUUUAGUUAUUAAAGAUCCUGAGUAAAAUUAAAUCGAACAAAUGUUUUGCUGCACUUCCAAAUAACAGAUACGUUUCUCUAUUCCAAAAACAACAAAUAAAUGUCUUUAUCAAAUGUCGAUAAUCAUAUCACA